AUGAUAAAGGCCCCUUUUCAAUGCUGGGAUAACUCGACCAGAGGCCUUGACGCAAGUAAUGCGCUUGACUUUGUCAGGGCUUUGCGCCGCGCCGCCAAUGAGCAGCAAAAGUCCAUUGUGGCCACUCUGUAUCAAGCGGGAAACAGCAUCUACUCUCAGUUCGACAAAGUUCUCGUCUUAGCCGACGGCCGUCAAAUUUACUACGGGCCCACGAGAGAUGCGAGAAAAUAUUUCGAAGAUAUGGGCUUCUUGAGCCCACCUGGAGCUAACACCGCCGACUUUCUUACUUCUGUUGUAGUCGAGACAGAAAGAUUGAUCCGAUCUGGGUUUGAAGAUAGCGUACCCCGCUCAGCUCCCGAAUUUGAGACCCGUUAUCGAAAUUCCGCUACGUAUAGCCAAAUGACGGAAGACAUCGAUCUUGUUCCGAAAGAAUCAUUGAGCGAGGAAAUCAGGAUUCUCAACAGCGUUUACAGUCUUGAAAAGACACGGACAAUCGAAACCCUGUCGAGUCAGUUCCAGAUCAUAUGGGGAGACCGGUGGUCCAACUGCCUUCAAAUUGCUUCUUCGUUCUGUUUCGCCCUUGUCACAGGAAGCUUGUUCUAUGACUUGUCAGGCACCAGCGAUUCCAUCUUUAUGAAGCCUGGCGCGCUGUUCUAUCCCAUUCUUCUCUUCGCGAUGAACAAACUGUCUGAGACGACAGUGUCAUUCACAGGUCGGCCUAUCAUUGCACGCCACAAACGACUUGCAUUUCAUCGGCCUGCUGCUCACGCCGUGGCUUGUGUUAUAACCGACAUACCACUUGUCGUGGCCCUAUUCACCCUAUUUCAUAUCAUAUUUUACUUCAUGGUGGGCCUCCAACAUGAUGCUGGCAAGUUUUUCACGAACUGGCUGAUUUACGUAUUGGCGACGCUGUGCUUCACUUCACUCUUUAGGAUGAUCGGAACUUGUUGCAGACACUUUGGGUUCGCAUCGCAGAUUAGCGGAUGGGUUAUCAUGGCGAUGAUGGUUUACGGAGGUUGGUGUCCACCUGAAGAAGUUUCCAGAGAUCUGUUUGCGCUAAACAGACAAUCAGGCUAUCUCAUUCCUGUUGCCAGCAUUCACCCGUGGUUCCGCUGGAUAUGGUACAUCAACCCAGCGGCAUAUGCCUUCAAUGCCGUUCUGGCUAGCGAAAUGGGCACAAUGACUUUGACAUGCGUUGAGCCACAAUACGUACCGUUUGGGGGCACCUAUAACGAGAGCGCUUUCAGAAGUUGCACCGUCGCGGGCUCUGCCCCUGCUGUGCAACUGAUUGACGGCGAGUCCUUCCUCCAGGUGCAGUAUCGCGCAAUGGUUUCCGAGAUCUGGCGCAACGUUGGGAUCUUGGUCGCCUUCUGGGUUUUGUUUGCCCUCUUAACCGCGUUGGCUUCCGAACUCAAUAUCCAUAGGGAUUCCGGCUCUAAAGUCCUAUUUCACCGACGCAACCAGCGGAAGGAGAUGUGUCGACUUCAGAACAGCGAAAAUGCUGCCGAACGCCAGCCUGCAACUUCCGACUCUGAAACAGAACACAAGUCAUCGCAUCUUGUCCAAACUGUUUUCACAUUCAAGGACAUCAGUUACUAUGUUCGUCACCAAGGCCACGAAAAGCAGCUCCUGAAAGACGUGUCGGGAUACGUCAAGCCGGGACAGCUGGUGGCCCUCAUGGGAAGCUCCGGCGCCGGAAAAACGACGUUAAUGGAUGUGCUUGCGCAGCGUAAGGACGGUGGCAGGAUUGAAGGUAGUAUCAUGGUCAACGGCAAACCCCAAGGGAUCAGCUUCCAGAGAACGACAGGAUACUGUGAGCAAAAUGAUGUCCACGAACCCACAGCCACCGUCUGGGAGUCUUUGCUGUUUUCUGCUAGAUUACGACAAAGCUAUGGCACCCCGGACAGCGACAAGGUCCAACACGUUCAACACAUCAUGGACCUGCUCGAACUGACGUCCCUCAAGCACGCCCUUGUUGGCAAUCCUGGCUCUGGGCUAUCUAUCGAACAGAGAAAACGUCUGACACUGGCUACGGAGCUUGUUGCCAAACCCUCGCUACUGUUUUUGGAUGAGCCAACAUCUGGAUUAGACGGACAGUCGGCCUACCAAAUCUGUCGCUUCAUGCGAAGACUCGCAGCCUCUGGACAAACCAUCAUUUGCACGAUUCAUCAACCUUCCGCUGCCUUAUUUGAGGCUUUUGAUGUGCUUCUUCUGCUCACGAAGGGGGGAAAGACGACUUAUUUUGGUCCCACCGGAAAGAACUCCGACAUAGUUCUGGAUUACUUUUCAAGGAACGGCGCGCCAUGUGAUUUGGACGCAAACCCCGCCGAGCAUAUCGUUGAUGUUGUACAAGGAAGGUUUGGAACUGGAACCGACUGGUCGCAGACAUGGCUUGAUUCGCAAGAGAGAACAUCAGUAAUGCAAGAACUGGAGCAACUGAACAGGCCGGGUAACUUCCAUACCAGCGGCAUUCGGCAUUCGGACGAGGACGAGGACGAGGACGAGGAAACCAAUGACGACAUCUUGGACUUCGCCGCGCCUCUAGUCUACCAAGUUCGACUAGUAACCAAACGGCAAAUGGUUGCACUCUGGCGGAAUCCAGACUACGUCUGGAACAAAAUUGGCUUGCACGUCAGCAAUUCCCUCUUUGGUGGUUUCACAUAUUGGAUGAUUGGAGACGGCUUGUUCGAUUUACAGCUUCGAUUGAUGGCCGUCUUCAACUUCGUCUUUGUCGCCCCUGGAUGCAUUAACCAGCUUCAACCACUUUUCCUCCGCAACAGAGACAUUUUCGAGACCCGAGAAAAGAAGUCCAAAACAUAUCACUGGUUCGCCUUCAUUAUGGCACAACUCAUAUCGGAGACACCGCUUCUCAUCCUUUGCGGAACUUUGUACUUUGCUUGCUGGUAUUUCACUGCCGGAUUUCCCGUGGAAGCCAGUAUUUCUGGCCAGGUAUAUUUUGAAAUGAUUCUUUACGAGUUCUUGUACACCUCAAUUGCACAAGCCAUUGCAGCUUACAGCCCGAACGAAUACUUUGCUGCUCUUGCAAAUCCCCUGAUAGUCGGAACCGCUCUGAUCAACUUCUGUGGAGUCGUUGUGCCAUAUGCGCGCAUCCAAGCUUUCUGGCGCUAUUGGCUGUACUACUUGGAUCCCUUCACAUAUCUCAUGGGUGCACUGCUCCAGCCCGUUAUCUGGGAUGUUGAGGUAGAGUGCAAGGCUUCCGAGCUGACUCACAUCGAUCUGCCCCAGAACACGACUUGUGGGGAGUACAUGGAUGAUUUCUUGGCCAUCAAUGCAGGAUAUGUUACCGAUAUCACCAACCAGACCAGCUGUGAAUACUGUCCAUAUAGCACAGGCGCAGACUAUCUGCGGACCAUGAACAUCAACGAGAAAUAUUACGGAUGGAGAGAUGUGGGUAUUACGGCCUUAUUUUGUAUCAGCUCGUACGGUUUGGUGUUCCUGAUGAUGAAGCUCAGAACUAAGGCGACCAAGACUGCCAAGUAA